CCCAAAGUUGAACAUGCUAAUUUUUUUUUGUCACUGAAAAGAAAUGGGACCCCACAAUAAGCCUUUGGCCGGCUCAUUUACACAUGCCAUCUUCCUUGAGUAUUUUUCUAAAGGCACUUUGCUGGACUCGGGAGACUGAAGACACAAUCGCUCGAGGCGGGCGGCCGGAAGGACUCUCGCGGCUUCCUGCGUUGAUUAUCCAGCCAGUGCCACUGCAGCUAGGACUUUGGCUUCGGGGCGGCCGGCGCCACCACAGCCACGGUGCAGCACGCAGGCCUCGUGGUCCCCAGGCGCGCGCGGCUUGGUCCCCAACGGGCCCGUCCUCCAUUCGUGCAUCAUUACCCGCGUCUGGCGGCUCCUUCCUGCCGCCGCCCUGUGCAGCGACUUCCUGGAGGCACCCCGAUCCCGGGCAGGAGAAAGGGCGCAGGCGGGCCCUGGAGGAUGGCACCGGAGAGAUGAGGCCGCCGCAGCCCCGCUUGGUUGCAGUCUGAUUUUGGAAUGCAGAUGCCAGUUUGGAGCCUUGGAACCCAACUCAGCUUAGGGACAACAUUCUUUACAUGGUGAGGUACAGCUUGGGGCGGUACCCCUCUCCAUCACCCUCUUCAGGCUUCAGCAGAGGGUUCUUGAUGAGCUCAACCCUCUCCUGCCGGCAGCUCCUGGGUGGGAGAUAUGGCUCUAGUCAAAUGGGGACUGAGAAGAUGGAACUCCCACCCGCUGAGCAGAGUGUUGCUGCUGAAACUCAUAGUUGUGGUCAUCUCUGUGCUUCUGUUUUGUGAAUAUUUCAUCUACUACCUAGUCAUCUUUCGGUGCCGUUGGCCUGAGGUGAAGACACAAGCCCAUGGCGGUAGGCAGAAGCCUGUGCUGAAAGCCAUGUUUCUGGCUGACACUCACUUGCUUGGGGAGAUAAGAGGUCACUGGCUGGACAAAUUACGGAGGGAGUGGCAAAUGGAGAGAGCCUUUCAGACAGCACUGCGGUUGCUGCAACCAGAAGUCAUCUUCAUUUUGGGGGACAUCUUUGAUGAAGGGAAGUGGAGUACCGCCCAGGCCUGGGCAGAUGAUGUGCAGCGGUUUCAGAAGAUGUUCAGGCAUGGUAGCCAUGUGCAGCUGAAGGUGGUCAUUGGCAAUCAUGACAUUGGCUUCCACUAUCAGAUGAGUAAAUACAGAAUAAAACGAUUUGAGAAAGUGUUCAGCUCAGAAAGGCUGUUCUCUUGGAAAGGAGUUAAUUUUGUGAUGGUCAACAGCGUCGCAAUGGAAGGGGAUGGUUGUAGCAUCUGCUCUGAAGCGGAAGCUGAACUCAGAGAGAUUUCUCGUAAACUGAAUUGCUCCCGAGAGCAGGUGCAGGCUUCCGGCCAGUGUGAAGGUGAGCAGCGGCUCCCCUUUUCCGCCCCCGUGCUGCUGCAGCACUACCCGCUCUAUCGGGCCAGCGACGCUAAUUGUUCCGGUGAAGAUGCAGCUCCUCCAGAGGAAAGGAAUGUCCCCUUCAAGGAGAAAUACGAUGUGCUUUCUCGGGAGGCUUCACAAAAGCUGCUGUGGUGGCUCCAGCCUCGCCUGGUUCUGAGCGGCCACACACACAGUGCCUGUGAAGUGCUCCAUCCUGGAGGAGUCCCUGAGGUGAGCGUCCCGUCCUUCAGUUGGAGGAACAGAAACAACCCCAGCUUCAUCAUGGGCAGUCUGACGUCCAAGGAUUAUGCUCUCUCCAAGUGCUACCUCCCAAACGAGGACAGGGUGCUGGCCGCAUACGGUGCAGCAGCUGGCUGCCUCGUGGUCCUUGUCUUAGCUCACUUGGAGCGUCUGCCCUCAUCCUUUCUGCUUGGUUGGAAACUGUGCAGAAUGCACACAAGAAGAUGAAGAGCUUGUGACUGCUGCGUAUGGUAAUGUAAAUCAAAGCCAGAGACGUAGGACUUCCGGUGGGGCUCACAUGAGCCCCAGAGGAGAGCCAGUGUUGAUUGUCCUAAUGCACAUCAUGGGAAUUCUGAAGCAUCAAUGCCAGGGACUGCAGAAUAAACAGUUGACUGUACUGUUCUCAUGCUAUAAAAAAAUGGAAUGUGUCUUUUUGUUUUAUCAAAUAUAUGUAUAAUCAAA